AUGGAUCCGUCUCAGGUCAAAAUCCCCCCUAUGAAAAACCUCACGGUGGAGAACAUCACCGAGAAUGUCAUCCGCAUCAACUCCCUCUGCGAGGACCAGAGAAUGAAAUAUGUUCUCGAGCGACUUGUUACGCAUCUUCAUGACUUUGCGCGCGAGACCCGACUCUCCUCUGCCGAGUGGAUGACCGGUUUGAAGUUUUUGACGGAGGUCGGCCAGAUCUGUACGGAUGUGCGACAGGAAUACAUCCUCCUCUCCGACGUCCUCGGCCUCUCCAUCCUCGUCGACUCAAUUGACCACCCCAAGCCCCCAGGCAGCACAGAAGGCACAGUCCUGGGCCCCUUCCACACACACGAAGCCGAAGAACUCUCGCAGGGCGGGUCAAUGUCCAAGGACCCCGAAGGGGAGCCCCUCCUCGUCGUCUGCAACAUCAAAGACACAAACGGCAAGCCUAUUGAAGGCGUGAAGAUCGACAUCUGGGAGACGGACUCAACAGGCCACUACGACGUGCAGCACGCAGACCGAUCUGGCCCGGACGGCCGGUGCGUCAUGCACUCCGACAAGGAGGGAAUCUUCUACUUCCACGCGAUCACACCCGUGCCGUACCCGAUCCCCCACGAUGGCCCUGUAGGCAAACUCCUGAAGAAACUACACCGUCAUCCCUACCGCCCCAGCCAUAUGCACUUCAUGUUUGAGAAGGCGGGAUACGACCACCUGAUCACGGCGCUGUACCUGCGCAAUGACCCGUUUGAGACGAGCGAUGCGGUCUUCGGCGUGAAGGAUUCUCUGGUCGUGGAUAUCGGCACGGCGGGCAAGGAGUAUGCGGAGAAGUAUGGCGUUAAGGAGGACCAUAAGCUGCUGACGUACAACUUUGUGCUUGUUUCUGAGCAGGAGACAGCUGAUCUGCGCGCGAAGAACUCGAAGGAGGCGCUUGAUAAGCUGGGGCGGAAGGUGAAGAUUGUCAAUGGGUUGCCGAUUCCGGAUCUUGAUUAG